AUGUUGGCACUAUUGUUCUUGUGCUUUAUCAUAUCUUUCCUCUCUGAUGUAUAUGGCCCAAUCAUUUCAGACUUCAGAAUUGCAGAUAAUUUUAUUUGUCGAUAUGGUGAUGACUGUAAGUUUCUUCAUGUCAUUCCACAACAAUCACAGCCCAGUCCCUUUGGAUUUGGCACACAAACUGGCACUCAGUUUCAGCGCACAAAUCCACAACAGCAGAAGCCCAAUCCUUUUGGUUUUGGAGCCCAGAAUAAUGCUCAACCGAGAGAGGCAAAUGAUUUUGGAUCCAGACCAAAUCGAUUCAAGCCUUUUGAAAAUAAGUGGACUCGUUUCUCCCCUUUGAAUACAAGUAGCUCCUCUACAUUGCGGCAAUCUGACAGUCAGACUCCUGUACCUAAUCACAAGUGCACAGAUCCUGAGUCUUGCAAACGUCAAAUGAUUGAAGAUUUUGAAAAUGAGAGGCCACUGUGGAAGCUUACUUGUUAUGGGCACAACAAAAACGGUCCAUGUGACAUUGUUGGUGAUAUCAGCUAUGAAGAGUUGCGUGCAUUGGCAUAUGAUGAAGCUAAGUGUGGAUUGAGCUUACAGUCCAUUAUCGAUAGAGAAAAGAGCCUAAUAAAUUCCAAAUUGGUUGAAUUUCAAAGCCUUGUACAGAAACCACAUGCGGUUUCAGCAAAUGCCUCAAUUAGCACUCAAAAUUCUGUUGCCGGUGUCAGCCCAAAUGCUCCAAUGACAAUUCAGAGCGGUGGUCCUCCUCCAUUGUCAAGUUUUGGUCAAUUUGGAGCAUCAGUAAACUCGCCUGGAGUGUUCGGUGCUGCAUCAAAGGUUCUCAUGAGUGGGGCUAAUUCUGCCUUGAAUGUGACUAAAAGGAUCAAGUUGAUGAACAACACGCUCAGUGGGAACAGUAACAUGGACAAUAGCAUUUGGAUGAAAGCGGAGUGGAAAAUUGGAGAGAUACGAGAAGAAGCACCUCCAGAUAAUUGUAUCUACUAG